AUGCCCACACGGCAUUCUUCUGCCUCGACAAGACCUCCGUCUCGCAGGCCUCGAUAUUCCCCAUGCUUUCUCUCUCCCUUUCCUCUACUUUGCCCGCUUCCGCGCUUCUCAAUUUCUCGCAGCUGCCCCAAACACCAACUCUCCCCUGCCUAUCCCCUCCGCCCUAGCACCCGGACACUCCCGUGUGCCAGUGCCUCCAACCCCUCCGUAUUCGACCAGAUCAAGCACCAGAUUCCCCUCUCGCGCGCCUUCUCAGAUCUUCUAGGACCCUCCGCUCUCGUCCGCUCCGGCCCGACAGACUUCAAAGCCUGCUGCCCCUUCCACGCCGACCGCAGCCCAUCCUUGCACAUCUAUUCGGCACAAAAUCGCUUCCAUUGCUUCGGCUGCGGCGCCGGGGGCUCCAUCAUCGACUUUGAGACACUGCGAACCGGCGAUUCCUCAGUGUCUAACGCCCUACGCUCUCUCGCAGCGAGAUACCCGCAAGUGGCACGCCUGAUCACUACCACCCCGCAAAAUGCUCCCACAGCCACCGCUGAGCAACCGCAAGAGGGUACGCCUGUCAGGAAGCAGUGGAGAGCUAUUGUUGCGCGAACAUCUAUCGCUCGCGAAGUGCAGCGCACAUGCGCACAGUUGUACGAGAAGGCCUUGUGGCAGGAGCACGCUGUAGAGGCGAGGAGGUAUAUGACCGAGGUAAGAGGCUUAUCUGAGGAGACAUUGAAACUCUACGGAUGUGGCUAUGCUCCUGGAAGAGGGGAUUGGAUGGUGCGAUCGUUGGAAGACUUGGGUCACCCCAAGGAGCACGCAGUGAUUGGCGGCGUUGCGCGUCGCGGAAAGGAAAAAUCAGAUGUCAUCUACGACAUCUUUCGGGACAGGGUUGUUACACCAAUUCGCAAUAUCCAGGGUGAGACCAUUGCUCAGGCGGGCCGCAUCGUUGGUGAUGCGCAGCGCGCGGCCUGGGUACCAAAAUAUGUCAAUGGACCGGAGACCGAGAUUUUUAAAAAGAGGGAUGCUCUAUUCGGAAUUGAUAUCGCUAAGAUGGCGCCGAGCGUGAAAGUGGAGUGGGAGGACAAGGAGAGGGGGGUGGGAAAGCUCGGUUUUGUCUUGAUGGUGGAGGGUUAUAUGGACGUUAUGACGGUGUAUGAGCAUACGAACGGGUAUGCUGCGUGUGUUGCGACAAUGGGGACGUCAAUGUCGGCUAAACAGCUAGAGGCGGCAUACGAUUUGCUGGAAGACCCCAUGGACGGCAAGGUUAUCAUCAAUUUUGACACGGACGAUGCGGGCAUUGCUGCAGCGGAACGGCUGUGUGAUUCUGUCAUUCCCGAAUCUGAAUGCGCGCAUGUCGUUUACAUCGCGACGCUACCGCCUGAUAUCAAAGAUCCAGAUGAAUUUUUGUCUGCCCAUGGGUCUGGAGAGGACUACAUCGACUACGUUCAGGAGGUUGCGCUACCAUGGUACGACUGGCGUGCUAGACGUAUUAUUAUUGAGGAGCAGCUGAGUAGUGAUGAAAGUGCAGCGGAAGAAGGUGAUUCGGAUAGUGACGUUGGAAAAUCACCAGAAAGGGAGAUGGUAGACCUUGACUCUUCAGAUCAGUCGUUCGACUUUCAGUUGGGCGAAAUCAUGAAGAAGCGGGCCGAUGAACUGCUUGUGGCGUUUGGUGGCCCCCCAGAAUUGAUGGACAAAAAAGAAAACGAAGACGCGAUGCCGUCCAUCUCGAAAGAUGUUGUGGAAUCGCUUGCUCAAAUAUUGGAAUCGGCCCAGCGGUCUAUUCCGGGGCUUAAUUCAGGAGCGGUCGUGCACGCUUGGUCUGAUUCUCUUUGUCGGAGCCGCGUGCUAGCGCUCUCUCCUCUGUACAGGAAAAUAUUAACACGAGCGGAACAGCUGUCGAGUUCUUGGGUGAAGAUGUCACCGGCCGCACAAGUGAAAUGGAUGUCACCGCCGCCAUGGAUUGUGGAAGACAUAACUGGGACGAGGCGCAGAAAUAUCCGUAAAAAUGCUGGUCAAACUGCGGACGGGUUGGAGAUGGACUGGGAAACAUUCAGUACCGACAAACGGCGAGUUGAGAAGAGCAUUUCCAGACUCAAGGCGCAGGAAGCGCACUUUUUACCGUACAUUGAGAAGGAGCAAUCGGAUGAUGUAAAAAUGCUCAGGGUGGCGCCGAGACGAGCAGCUGAGGAGGCGGUACUGAGGUGUCUCAUUUUCGCAUCCGAAAUGGAUCGGUUAGAUGCUCUUGAGAAGCUCCUCGAGGUCAUGAUCUGGUGCGAGCAACGAGACCUUCCUUUCUGGACUUCGAAAGCGCGUGAGUCUCUCUUCGAUUACCUGGGUGAAGUUGAUGGGCCGGUGACACGGGCAGAAAUGGCGGCGUAUGUGGAAGACGAGGAGUGGUGGGGCACGGACAUUGAGGCUCUUUUCUUUCCCUCGGAAGGCAAAGACAUUGCACUGGACGCGCUGAGAGCUCUGGAGCGCGCAAACCCGGUGGCUGUUGUGGAGGCCACGGCUCGAGGUGUGGCAGAAAUGGCUGGCAAAGUUGCGAGUGGGCUAGCGCUGAAGGAGACUGGGGAUAUCGCAAAAAAGAUGCUCGACAAGGCAGAUCGGGGAGAGCAAGACGAAAUGGAUGAACUACUCGCCAGGCAGAUAUCUCUGAAGAAAGCUGUGAGCAAGAUGAAGUACUUGAAUCCCGAGGAUGAGGUGAGAUUCAAGGAAGAAGCGAAGAAGCAAGAAGAGGAGAUGGAAAGAGAACGUCGAAUUAAGGAGACGCUGAAAUUACUUGAGACCCUGAGCGUGCCGUACCCUGGAGAGGACAAAGGGGGAAAAGUCUCUGCCGAGAAAGCGCCGGCGAGUGGAGAUGACGAAAGCAGGGGGGAGAAAUGA